AACAAGCGGCUGUGGAGCGUCCUGGGCGUAGGGAGAGGUUCGGUGGAGGUUUUGGAGAGGAGCGGAGCGUUUUGGACACCAGCUGAUCAGAGCGCAGCCGAGGACACCGCGCGUAAAACCGCUGGAGAUAACUUUGGGUUGAUUGUCUGUGCUCGGGUUUGAAGCGGGAGGAGCGAAAGAAGACGACAUUUUGCGCGCUUUUGGUCCGGAAACGCAGAGGAGACGUAAAAAAAAAAUGAAAUAGCGAUAGAGGAGGGCGCAUUUAGUGGAGAGAGAGAGAGCCCGAGGAGAGGGACCGGGGGGGAGAUAUGUCGUGGCUGUCCCCGGUGUCUUGGGCCAAAUGGACAUGGACAGCGGUGCGAGGAGCGGAGGACGACGCGGAUUUGACGGAGGAGCAGCGGCUGGAGGAUGAAACAGCGCUCGGGGAGAGAGGAGCCGCCGCGGAGGAGAGAGACGACUCAGAUUCAGAUGGACCCUAUGAUACUCCAGAGGCAGCCAGCCCCGUGCACACUCCUCCUCAUGUGCACACGCCUCCUCACGUAAACGCUCCUCCCUCUGCUAUCCCUGGUCCAAUAGAAAAGGAGACCACAACAAAGACCACAGCAAACCCAACAGAUGUGGAGGUGGAGGAGAGGCUGAUUGUCUCCGCUGUAUCCCAAGAUCAGAGCCCCGUUUUCAGCCUUGAGAUGGGCCGAGAUCUGCCUACACCUCCAGGGAGCGCUCCUCUGGAAAUCCAAAUAGAAAAAUGUUAUGAUGAAAAAGCCCCGCCCCCCUCUGUGUCUCCACAAAUCAGAGUCACAACCUCGCCUUCACCUGCUCCAGAAAUGCACCAACAUGAGAACAAAAUGGAGUCUCAAGAAAUUACUUCACAAAUAACAGAUUCUGCUCCAAAAAAUACAGAAAUAUUACCAGAUGUGAAGAGAGAAGGCAAAGGAUUAGUACCACAUUUUGAUAACGAGUUUGACAAGUUGCCUCUUAACUCCGAAACCCAAAACAAUGAAUUCUGCAAGAGUCAGAAGUCCAAACCUGCUCCGCUCAAAAUGCAAAAUCCACCUGAAGAAUUCCAACAGGACGAUGCCGAAGCAGAAAUUCCAGUUCCCAAAGUGUCUUAUAAGUUUGAUCCCGAGAAUUUCGACGAAAGUUUUGACCCGUCUAGCGGCGGGUCAAAAAUUCCAAAUUCUCCUCCUCCGUGUGGAGCGAGCAAUUGGAUGAAAAAACACGAAAGUCCAAAAUCUGAAAUUCCUGAGAAACAUCAAAUUUGCAAAAACUCUUCUUCUUCUCCCGCUCCUUUGAACUUUGAUGAUAUUCCGAUUCCCAAAAAUGCAAGUUAUAUUUUGAUCCAGAGAAUUUUGAUGAAAGUUUUAAUCCGUUUGCGAGUGGAGGUUCAAAAAUCCAAAACUCACCUCCUCCGUGGUUCGAGUUCAUCUUUUACAAAUUUUGAAGACGAGAGUUUGAAAGCGAAACCAGUUGUUUUAGAAUUUACAUUGGAUGAAACGGAAACUGUGUCCAAACCUCCUCCCAAAAAAUUAGGAGCAAGAAAAACAAUUUGGCAAAGUUUAAAAAUCAAAAAUCCAAAACUGGGAGAGGAGAAAAGGGGCAUGAAAUCGGAUUCUGAACCUGCAGGACCCCGUUCAAGAAACAUCAAAUCCACCAAACUCUACAUCUCCACCUCCUCCCAACAAAUUCAGAAUUCACCCACCAGCAAAACGUUUCCAGAAUUAGAUCCACAAGAAGAUUUGAAAGCAAAAUCCAUUGUUUUGGAAGUUGGUUUGGACGAUAAAACAGUGACAAAACCACCUCCCAAAAAACUGGGACAGAGAAAAACUUUUAACAAAGGGAAGAUUUCAAAACCGAAAAGUGCAGAGGAGGAUUUGGACGUACAAUCUGAGGGUAAAGUUCCAGAAAUUCCCAAAGAAAAUACCCAAAAACCUUCAUCUCCGCCUCCUUCUGUCACUGACGAUGUUCCAAAAAGUGGAGCAUACGAUUUGGACCCGAGCCGCUGGGAUGACCCGAAAUUUGACCCGUUUGGAGGAGGAAGUAAACUUGGAAAACCCAAAACCUCAUACAGUUUUGACCCGGAGAAGUUUGAUGAUUUGGUGGACCCGUUUAAAGCAUCGAAAAGUCUGAGAAACGAGGAAGAGGAGGAGGGAGGAGAGCAGAGGAUGAAAAGCAGAGGUGCAGAGGAUGGAGAGAAGAGAGACAGAGAGAGACAGAGAGAAGACCAGAACAUCAGGACUCACCACCAGGGGGAGUUCCUCUGUCUGCUCUUGAGCUCGUGUAAAGUCCCGGCGCACACAGAGGAGACACAGGACAUAACAGAGGAGGAGGUAGUGGUACGGACCCCAGAGAUCACGCAGAGGGAGCACCACGCCACAGAUGAAGAGAAGCUGGCCUCCACAGCGGUGAGAAGCACCAUCGAGGGAGGUCUAGAGGAGGAGCAAAGGAGAAAGGAGCAGCACAAUGAAGGUUCUGAGAGCACAGCACAGAAGGAGGAGGCCCCCUGCUGGACCAAACAGGACAUGGACGAGAUCUCAAUGAAACCUGAGAAGACCCUGGUCCAAAUUCCUAGUUUAGAUCCUCAGACUGGACUUCCUCUGAGCGAGAUGGACAAGGCCGCGGUGCUCACACUCAUCAGGGAGGAGAUCCUUACUAAAGAGCUUGAGGUGGAGGAGUGGAAGAGGAGGUACGAGGAGAGCAGAGCUGAGGUGCUGGAGAUGAGGAAAAUUGUGGCUGAAUAUGAGAAAACGGUGGCACAGAUGAUCGAGGAUGACCGUCAGCAGAAGUCCCUGUCCUCUUCUGCGUCAUUCCGUCAGCUGACCUUAGAGAGAGACCAGGCUCUGUCGGACCUGUCGUCUGUGGAACGUUCCUUCUCGGAGCUCUUCAGACGAUACGAGAACAUGAAGGGGGUCCUCGAGGGUUUCAAGAAGAAUGAGGAGGUGCUGAAGAGAUGUGCUCAGGAGUAUCUGCAGAGGAUCAAACAGGAGGAGCAGAGAUACCAGACGCUCAAGGCCCACGCCGAGGAGAAGCUAGACAAAGCUAACCAGGAGAUAGCUCAGGUGCGCUCCAAAGCAGCUUCUGAGACGGUGGCUCUCGGGGCGAGUCUGAGGAAGGAGCAGAUGAAGGCAGAGUCUCUGGAGAGAGCCGUGCAGCAGAAGAAUCAAGAGAUCGAGGAGUUGACCAAGAUCUGCGACGAACUCAUCUCCAAACUGGGACCAGCCUAAAAUACAAUAUGAAACCACAAUAUAUGUGCCAUUACAGCAGAGCCAGAUGCCCUCCCAUGCCCCUGUAUCCCUGUGUGUCAGAUGCCCUCCCAUCCUUUUGUAUCUCUGAUGAAUUGCCAAAACUCAUACUCUGACCAUUUUCAGCCAAAUGGAGCACAGAUUUUUGUACAUUUUGAAAAGCACAGGUGGACUUUGAAGGAGACAUUUUGUACAUGAACAUUUGUAGAGAUGCUGGUUCUAUUUCUGAUGUUGUGGUGCAGGUUUUUGCCAAAUUUUUCCCACUUUACAUGUAUAAAUAUAAAAAUAAAUAUUGCACAGUUGUGUGGUCAGCACAAAGAAGCUGCUCUGAUGCAGACUCAUGGAGGAUAUGAAGAGCACUCGAUGGUCAUGUUUUUGUUUUGUUUUUGUGAUGAGGUGUCGCUGUGCCUUUAAAUAUUUCAACAAUAAAAAUCUAUAACUGAUGUCUACAGUAAAUCACCAUCAGACAUUUUGUUAAGUGCACCUCCCCCCAGGACUAUACAAGGACUAAACCAGGACUAUACAAGGACUAAACCAGGACUAUACCAGGACUAAACCAGGACUAUACAAGGACUAAACCAGGACUAUACCAGGACUAAACCAGGACUAUACCAGGACUAAACCAAGAUUAAAUAAGGACUAAACUAGGUCUAAACCAGGUCCAGAGUUAGUCUGGGGAGACAGGUGUACAUAUUGAGGUGUCUGAGGUUUGGGGAGCCGCUGCAUUCACAAAAAGAUAUUUGUAUAUUUGUCUGAGCUGUUUAUGAGUCAAAUAAAAGCCUCUAUUUAGAA